AUGGCAGACCAUUGGUGGAGGAUCCAAUCAACAUUACCUAACAAUGGAGUACCAUUUGCCUUCAUUUUGUAUGUGGACAAGAUGCACUUGUCAUCAUCUUGCAAUGUCAAAGGAUAUCCAGUAAUUACUCGGUGCACAAAUCUGCCUGUGCCUGAAGAUUCCAAAGAAGACCACAAACUCUCCUACACCAAUUUAAAGUGUGUCAUUUGGCACAAAGCAUUUUUAAAAUUUCUCAAGAUCAUCAUACUUUACUCCAAGACAGGAUUUGCCCAUAAAUGCUUUGACAAUGUCACACAGUGGUUAUAUGCACUAAUUCUGCUAUUGUUGGCUGACUAUGAAGAACAGUGUGUGAUGGCAUUAAUACAUGGGACAGGCUCGCACUGUCCUUGUCCCAUCUCCCUGGUGCCUUCAACAAAACUUCAUGACUGCAAUGCAACAUACCCUGUCCAAAAAGUUGAGGAUGCACAAAUGCAUGUCAAACUAUACAAGGAGAACCAUGCUGCAGGAGAAGCAGCCCUGAAGGAACAGGAUCCUCAUGAGACAAUCUCUCAGGACCAAUUGUACGCCUUGCAAUGUGGUGUAUACAGCUACCAUAUGCAUGAAGAGGUUAAGAAACUUGCAGAAGUUCUCGGGUGCAAUGCCCUCAAGCAAAUUGAUGAGCAAUUUGAUGCCUUUCCACAAUGGUGGGGUCUCAACCAUUUUUGCUGGGUCACAAACAUUAGCUUUAGUGAUGGGAACAAAUUCCAGGACAUCUUGAAACAAAUUCUGUUUGCUUCUCAUAAUGUGCUCACAAAGCAGAAGAGCAAAGCUGGCUAUAUGCUCUUGCAGUGCAUUGCAAGUUACCUUGCUGUGGACAUGUAUGUCUCGCUUGACACCCACACAGAGAAUGCUCUUGCAGCUGGUGAAGUGGUGAAUCAAGAUUUCCUGAAGCAUUUGGAUGUGCAUACUAACAAUGUGGUUUCUAUUGCUUGUCUAAUUACAAUCAUACAAGAGUAUAUUGAUGUUGCAGGUGAUUCAACCAAGAACUGGAACUUCCCAAAGGUACAUGCUGGGAAGCACAUAUUUCAUGACAUAUGGGAGAAAGGUGCUGCUUGGAACUUCAGCACUCAUCCCAAUGAAAAGCAACAUGGACCACUCAAAUGGAUGUAUUUACAUCAAACAAACUGCAAAGACAUUGCAAAACAGCUUCUCCAAUUGAAUCACAGGACCCUUGUGUCUGAGCUUAUUGGUGCCCACAUCACCCACCAUGAUGAACAGCAUCUGUGGGAACUCAGGGAUGCUAACUACAAUAAUGACAAUGAUCCAGAUGACAACAAUGACCCUGAGGAUGCUGCAAAUAUUGGCGCAUCAUUUGAGGGCUAUAUCUAUCUUGGUUCUCCUCAAUGCCCCACUACUUUUGCUGAUGUAGAGGAAGCAAACAGCUCAUUGCACACUUUUGAGCAAUUUCAGAAGAAAUUUUCGAUAUUCAUCAAUGAAUUCCUUCCUUCCCAUGACAUACUGCUGGCAGCUCAGGACAAUGAAUAUUGCUACCUCAAAGUGCACUAUGAGUCAGUUGUUGACUGGAAGCUUGCUACAGACUAUCUUCAUUGCAGUCCACUCUUCCACAGGCAUGAGCACUGUGACUGCGUGCUCAUUCAUACUCAUGACAAGGAUGGUAAUGACAAGAACAUCUUUGCCCAGAUCCUCUUCAUGUUCAAGUAUACUGUUGGCAACCAAUGUUUGGAGCUUGCUCUAGUGCUUCCAAUGGAUGCUCCAAUUGGCCCACAGCCUGCUCUGUGUGCAUGGCCUGCAGCAUCUUCAGAAUUCAUUUCUGUUCAUUCAAUCAUCCAUGGUGCUUUACUUGUUCCAGAUUACACUCAUCCUGAUUGA